AUGUCAGGCGAAGUGGGCAUCAUCUGCCGCUCGAAACGUCCAGAAUGCUGGUACUUGCUUCUGGAAGAUUCACCUUCCCCGAGCAAGACUUCAUCCCAGACAAAAUUUAGCCUCUACACCGAGGUCGCUUCCAAAGAAAUUAUCGAGCUCGUGGCUGGAAUUGACCAGCACAGAUGUUAUUUCCAACAUGUUCCACGAUGGGACAACACGGAGGAAAUGGCCUGCUGCUAUUGA